AUGGCAGACACCGCACCCACAACACAACCAGCAGCCCCGAUCGGCGGCGCAACAUCCCAAAACACAAGCACCGCGAACCCCAGCGCACCAGGCCAAACAUCCACAGCCGCAAACUCAAUCCCAGAAGCCCCCAGCGCCAACCGCGGCCUGCCCUACUACGAAAAACUUCGCCGCGACCUCCGCGACGCCCUCCAGAAGAAGCGCCUGAUGGACAAGAGCAUGUCCCAACUCGAAGACCAGAUCUUCCGCUUCGAACAAUCCUACCUCGAAGAAACCACCGCCGGCAACAUCAUCAAGGGCUUCGACAACUACAUCAAGGGCUCGGGUACGACGGCCGGGCUCAGCGCAAGCGGGAUCGCCCUACCUGCGGGCGCGGGCACAGCGCGCCGCAAAGCCCAGGUGACGGAUUCGGAUCGGGUGUUUUCGCGGAGCUCGGCGAGUUUCAUGCGGGAUUCGCCCGCUCCGUCGUCCGCGCAGACUACACCGUCGCAUGCGCCUACGCCGACAUCCGCGUAUAACGGGUCUUCGGGGAGGUUAAACACAGACGGGGGGCCGUCGUCUGCAGCGGCGAGCGUGAAGGGCGGAGCGUCGAAGAAUAAGAAGAAGGCUGGCGUGGCGAAUGGAAAUGGGAAUAAGGAGAAGGAUAAUGAGGAUGCGGAGGAUGGGGAGAAGCCGCCUGCUAAGCGGUUGAAGAUCAGUUAUGGGAGGGACUAG